GGGGCGGGGCGGGCUUGCCUGCCAGAAGCACUCCCCGUAGCUCAGCUCCUAGCCUGCGAGCAUUUCCCAGCUCUUGUUUCCCAUCAGCCUCUGGGUCCAAACUAACCACGGGGCUCCGGGUCCUCUAACGGCGUCCUCAAAGUUCUUGGAUUCUGUGUGGUUCCCUUUAGCCUGUCUUUGGGCCUGCCACAGUUAAAUGACCGCAAGAAAGAGGUCUAUGCUAAGCCCCAGAAUGAACGUUUCAAGCGAGAAGGAUGAGAAUUUUAGAUCUGGAAGUGUCCUCGCGACAGGCUCUUGACUGGGGAAGUUCUAGAGACUUUGAAGGUGGUUUAUCUGAUUUGUGUGGAUUUACAGGAGAAUAUUGACAGUGAACGUAUCUCAUUGCCAGGAGUAACAGCUACAGGAAGUUCAAGAGCUGUUCUGGCUUUUCUGGAUUCUGUGCUUCGCCAGUAGAGGAAUUCCAUGGAGCAUUAAUUAAUUCUUCCAAUUCCAGAACCAUGACUGAUGGGUUGGUGACAUUCAGGGAUGUGGCCAUCGACUUCUCUCAGGAGGAGUGGGAAUGCCUGGACCCUGCUCAGAGGGACUUGUACGUGGAUGUGAUGUUGGAGAACUAUAGUAAUUUGGUGUCACUGGAUUUGGAGUCAACAACAUAUGACACCAAAAAAAUAUUUUCAGAAAAGGAUAUUUUUGAAAUAAAUUUUUCUCAAUGGGAGAUGAAGGAAAAAAGUAAAACCCCUGGCCUUGAGGCAUCCAUUUUCAGAAAUAAUUGGAAGUGCAAAAGCUUAUUUGAGGGACUGAAAGGACAUCAAGAGGGAUACUUCAGUCAAAUGAUAAUCAGCUAUGAAAAAUUACCCUCUUACAGAAAAAGUGAAUCUCUUACACCACAUCAAAUAAUUUGUAAUACAGAGAAGCCCUAUGUUUGUAAGGAAUGUGGGAAGGCUUGCAGUCAUGGCUCAAAACUUGUUCAACAUGAGAGAACUCAUACAGCUGAAAAACAUUUUGAGUGUAAAGAAUGUGGGAAAAACUAUUUAAGUGCCUAUCAACUCAAUGUGCAUCAGAGAUUUCAUACUGGCGAGAAACCCUAUGAGUGUAAGGAAUGUGGGAAGACCUUUAGUUGGGGAUCAAGCCUUGUUAAACACGAGAGAAUCCAUACCGGUGAGAAACCGUAUGAAUGUAAAGAAUGUGGGAAGGCCUUUAGUCGUGGCUAUCACCUUACUCAACAUCAGAAAAUUCAUAUUGGUGUGAAAUCUUACAAAUGUAAGGAAUGUGGGAAGGCCUUUUUCUGGGGCUCAAGCCUUGCUAAACAUGAGAUAAUUCAUACAGGUGAGAAACCUUAUAAAUGUAAAGAAUGUGGGAAAGCCUUCAGUCGUGGCUAUCAACUUACUCAGCAUCAGAAAAUCCAUACUGGUAAGAAACCUUAUGAAUGUAAAAUAUGUGGAAAGGCUUUUUGUUGGGGCUAUCAACUUACUCGGCAUCAGAUAUUUCAUACUGGUGAGAAACCCUAUGAAUGUAAGGAAUGUGGGAAGGCCUUUAAUUGCGGAUCAAGUCUUAUUCAACAUGAAAGAAUUCAUACUGGUGAGAAACCUUAUGAAUGUAAAGAAUGUGGAAAGGCCUUUAGUCGUGGCUAUCACCUUUCUCAGCAUCAGAAAAUCCAUACUGGUGAGAAACCUUUUGAAUGUAAGGAAUGUGGGAAGGCCUUUAGUUGGGGUUCAAGUCUUGUUAAACAUGAGCGAGUUCACACUGGUGAGAAAUCCCAUGAAUGUAUAGAAUGUGGAAAGACCUUUUGUAGUGGGUAUCAACUUACUCGACAUCAGGUAUUUCAUACUGGUGAGAAACCCUAUCAAUGUAAGGAAUGUGGGAAGGCUUUUAAUUGUGGAUCAAGCCUUGUUCAGCAUGAGAGAAUCCAUACAGGGGAGAAACCUUAUGAAUGUAAAGAAUGUGGGAAGGCUUUUAGUCGUGGCUAUCACCUUACUCAACAUCAGAAAAUUCAUACCGGUGAGAAACCUUUUAAAUGUAAGGAAUGUGGGAAGGCCUUCAGUUGGGGUUCAAGCCUAGUUAAGCAUGAGAGAGUCCAUACUAAUGAGAAGUCUUAUGAAUGUAAAGACUGUGGGAAGGCCUUUGGUAGUGGCUAUCAACUUAGUGUUCAUCAGAGAUUUCAUACUGGUGAGAAGCUUUAUCAAUGUAAGGAAUACAGGAAGACCUUUACUCAUGGCUCAAAACUUGUUCAUAAGAGAACUCAUAGUAAUGAUAAACCCUACAAAUAUAAAGAACGUGGGGAAGCCUUUCUGUGGACAACUUACUCAAAUGAGAAAAUUGAUACCGAUGAAACCUUAUGAUUGAAAGCUAUAAAAGAACAUUUGUGUGUGUGUGUACAAACAACAUAAGGAGAACUCUUAUACUUGAGAAAUGCUGUGAAUGUAAGGGGUGUGCAAAAGCCAUUCAUUUCUGUUUACGGACAAUUAUCUUGCUAUCCAGAAAUCCAUACUAGUGAGAAAUAUUUUAAAUAUAAGUAAUAUGAAAAGGCUUUAGACUUCUGUACAGUCUUAUUGGAUAUCAAUUUAUACUGAUGUAAAAUCAUUUAAAUAUAAGAAAUGUGUGAAGAUCUUUAUUCAAUAUUAACACCAGGGAAUUGGUAUUUGUUAAACAGUUUAAAUGGAAGGUAUGCGGGAAUGACCUAAACUUAAUUCAGUUCCUGCUGCACAUCAGAGAAUUCAUACUGCUUUGUAAUCCUAUGCCCGUAAGGAAUUUGAGAAGGCUUAUAGACAUGGUAAAUAUCCUAGAGCACAUCAGAGAAUUCAUCCAAAUGAGAAAUCACUUGAAUUAGAAUUAUAAGAAGGCCUUUAGACAAAUGCUACUCAAAUCCAGAAACUGGUGCCAGUCACAAAAUUGUCAUCUGUCAAUCAUGAGAUAAAUGUGGAAAGUGAGUAAAUAUUUGGAACUUUUAUAGCAAUUUGAUGUUUCCAUAACACUCUUAUUCUGUUUUACAAAAUUAUCAGUCCACAAAUGACUGGGAAUUGAAAACAAAGCUUAUUCUUUCCCAGAAAUAAUUUUAGAGACAAGACUCACACUUUUCAAGACAUGAGACAAGUCACAAUAUAAUUUACUUUAAAUAAAAAAUUCUUCACUUUCACCUCUCUGAUUAGAAUAGCAGAAUAUUUAUACUAUAGCAAGAUUUGGCAAAUGAGGGAAUCGCCAUUUUCUAAUGCCUAUAACAGCAUAAGAUAAUUUAUACCAGAUAUGUUAAAUGUACAGAAGCCUUCCAACACUAUUCAGUCUUUGUUAAACUUCAGUAAAUUCAUCCUAGAGAAUAAUUGUGUUAAUGUAACAAAUGCAGGAAAACCUUUAUCCAUGGCAUAUACCACUAUCAUCACCAUUUCACCUCCAUACUACCUGUAGGCUGGUGAGCAAAAUGCUUAUCUCCUCUGGACAUAAUGUUUAAAAUGCUGAUGGUAACUAAUAAUGCUAUUAUAGAGAUUAGAUGGAUUUAGCAUGCAUUAUAUCCUUGGAAGAGUAUCUGGUAUGUAGCCUAUGUGAAAUACAUAUUAGCUAUUUUUCAUAUUGUCUUUAUUAUUAGUAUUACUACUGGUGAGUUCUUAGGAGAGGCACAACCAUUUGGUGGAAUGAAUUCAGAAAAGCUUCCCAUAACCACUCAUCCGUUUGAAUUUCAGAUAGUUCAUUCUGGAUAAGAUCUAGUAAGGAUAAAUAAUUUGAGGGGAUUUUUAUUCAGAGUUUACUCCUUAAGCUGGGCUAAAAAUUGACACUU